CCCAGCUUUUCAAACGCGGCGCGCGCUGCUUCGCGGCAACGAAUGGAUUGUGGUUUAUGUAACAUUUGCGCUGUUGUACCCAUCGACGCGCUCUGUUGAGUGGCACAGCGGGAAACGCGUCGCUUAGACCACUCACUCAAAAUGGCCGCUCUCACAGCCGCCGAAGCGCAAGAAGCGAUCGAAACCACAGCAGCCGAAGAGCUCACGGGUACCCCAGCGCUCGAAAUCACGGAAAAGCUCACAGCCGCCCAAGUUUUAAAAGAGCUCGAAACCACAGCUGCUGAUGAACUCACCGACGCCCAAGCGGUCGCGCUCGCCGACGACCUCGCCUACCUCGAACUCACGAAGGAGCAAGAAGACGCGCUCUUCGCGGACGACGAGCCAAAACAACCGCUCCCGCCGCCGUCGCCGCCGCUCUACGACUUCCGGCCCGAGGCGCUCGCGCCCGUCGCGCGCCAGGCGCUCGACGCCGUGCGCGCGGCCGGCGUGGAGUGGGACGAAACCGCGGAGGUCGACCACGCCUGCUGGCGCGUCGAGACCGGCAAGGCGUACGAGCUCGCCUCCUGCGCGGCGCUCCAAGACGGCGCCGAGCUGCUCGGCGAGGCCAUGGUCGGCGGCCGGCCCGUGAGCGUCUUCCGGCUGCGCGAGCCGCUGGCCGUCGGCACGCACCGGAUACGACUCCUCGAGCUGCCGGCGCCGAAGGAGGGCUCGGCUUACGCGACGGGCUGGGAGCAUAUCGAGGUCGCGCUCGGGUCCGACGAAGAGCUGGAGGCGCUCGCGGCGCAGCUGCGGGAGACGUCUUUACUAAAGGUGAACUGGCGGAACUGGACGCGCACGUCGAACCGCGAGGUGCGCGUGACGCCGCCCGGGCUUCCCAACUUCCGCGUCGCCUUCCACGCGCGGCCGCUCGACCAGGUGCUUGCCGAUGAACGAAAAGACGGGUCCUUCGUCGCGGUGCCCGACGACUACUGGGACCCGCAGCUCGAUUGUGAUAGGGCCGAGGAGGCGGCCGCGCUCGCGCGCUACGAGAACCUCCUGCGCACGUCGCAGUACGUGCCCGCGGGCGACGGGUCCCUGGAGCGGCUCCUCGCGUCGGGGCCGGAGCUCGCUCGCCUCGACGGGAGCGACGAGGCCGUCGACUUCGACCCCGCGGAGCUUAUGCCGGCGCCCUUUCCCGGGGAGGACUUCGACGCGAGGCUCGAGACGCGGUUCGCCGGGCUCUCGGCGAAGGUUGGGUAAGUCUCUGUGCGG